AUGAUUGAACGAGUUGGACUAUUAAACAAUGGCCUAGAAGAGAUGACGGCAACAGCGUGGGAGUUAUAUUCUAAUUGGGAGUAUGCUGGGCAACCUGCUCAGCAAGGGAGUGAGAUAUCUUUAAGCGACCAAUUUAAGGAAACUUUUUCAAGAAAAGACGUUGAUAUUCAUUUCAUGGGACUAUGGGACUCGGUUAACUCUGUUGGGAUACUCAGGGAUCGUUUGUUCCCAUUCACAAUAAGAAGUUCUAUUGUCGAGCAUGUGAGACAUGCAGUAAGCAUAGAUGAAAGACGUGGAAAAUACAAGCAAGUUUUGUUUCAACCAUACAGUUACUUUCCAAACCUCUUCAAUCUAGAUUGCGAAGAUUGUGAAGAUUGUGAAGAUAUGGAAAGUGAUCAGAUGGAAACUUCCCUGGAUACUAAUAGUAACUCGCCACUAUUAACGCAUAAUAGAAUUAAUCAAAAUAAGAAAAGUUCUUUCUCUAGUAUCGGUAAAUUCCUAUCUAAUAUUGUUAACAGUGUUAAAAAAUCGAGACUUCCAAGUAUACCAUCUGAAGAUGUUGUUGAAUUGUUUUUUAGUGGCAGUCAUAGCGACUGCGGAGGUGGUUGGCCGAAGGAUCUAAAUGGGCAGUAUCUAUCUGAUAUACCCUUGCGGUGGAUCUUACUGGAAGCCAUCAAAUUUGGAAUAAAAUUCAAAGAAGGCUCAAUACAUGAAUUCAAUGAAAAACAUCCUGUCACAGCUAGUCUAUUUUCAUGUCAUCACGAUUUACUUUCUACAAAGAGAGAACAACCAAUGAUGCACUAUAGAGUAAGUAUAUUAGAACGUAUCAAAAAGACGCUAAGGAUAGGAUCUAAAAAUCGAAAAUUAAAUUUCCAGCAACUUGUACAACAAAUUGAAAUUGGUCCAAGAAUUGAUAAGAGCCCAAAAUUGCCCGUAGUUCAGCCUCUGACACAUUCAGAGGCCACGACACCAGUACCUUUACCUAAAUUUACCAUAAGGCUUUUUGAUUCCAGGUGUGAUGAGUACCUUUGGACAUCACUUUUUUGGUGGCUAAUUGAACUAUUGCCAAUUGGAUAUAAAAUUGAAAAUACUGAUGGCAAGUGGAGAAGAGUCUAUAUUCCCAAUUUUGGAAGACACCGGAAACUCCCUAAGAACGUCUCGUUACACUGGAGUGUAUUUUAUAGACUCAAAUUCGUCGAAGACUAUAACCCUAGAAAUUUACCUAAAGAUUUGGGAUCAAAAUUCCGGGAUCUGAUCAAAGACUUCAAAGACUUAUUUAAAGAAGAUGACAUAGAAGGCUUGAUCGAAGAUUUAACCAUCGAAAAGAUAAAGACGGAUAAGCAUAUAAACAAAAACAAUAUCUGGACAAAAACACCAGACGAGUUGAAGCCUUUGUUAGAUAAGUUUCCUGAUUUGUAG